GCCUGGUGCCACCCCAGACCCCUCCCUGGACAGACCAAAAUCCAAGGUGCAUAAAUUCUGCUGCGGCUCAGUGCUGCACAAUACUGCCACUGCUGGUCGGAGGCUUUAGUGCAACAACACUGAUUGUCAGUGAUCAUCACUGCUUUUUGUGCACCUGCCGGAGCCCAGGCAGAGAUAGCAAAUGAAAUGCAGAGUUUUAGAGUUGUAUUCAAAUACAAAUGACAAAAUACACAAAAUUAUGCUACACAGUUACAUAUAAUAGAAAUACUGCAUAUCUACUGCCCCUGCGAGCUGAACAGUACAACCACAACCUACCUCUGGUGGAGUUACUGGUGUACAUGCCUUGCCUGAAGGCAGAUCGGCAGACUACCCCAUCAUCAUUUAAAAGCAGCAAUCCUCUAGACCCAGGGCGACUUCCUCAAUCUGCCUCAUAGCAAUAAAUUCCACAAGAGGAAGUUUUAUGAGGUAAGAUGACACUUGAUUUGCACAACAGGCACUGCAUGGAAACACGUGUUAAUAGCAGCAGUUGACCGAAGCAGUAAGUGUAGUCAAAUUACAAAUCUGGAUGUUAGAUCAUUGAUUCACAGUUUUUCAAGCCAAGCCUUAUUUAAAUAUUUUAUAAUUGUACAUAGAACAACUUCACCCACAGCUUUGGUUUUGAGAGUCCCGCUAUCAUUUAGGACUUUAAAGUCAUUAUAAAUCUCCUUUUUAGAAAACAGGAAGCACAUGUUCAAUGUGCAAACACAUGUUCUACUGAUAAAAAGACAGUUGCAAUUCAUCAAUUGAUGAUCAGUUGCAAUCUGGUCAAAAUAAAGUUAAUCAAACCUGAGAGAAAUAAUGCUUUGUGACCGGUGUUUUGGUAGAACCUUGGUAGACUCCUCGUUGUGUAAAUGGAGCUUUAUCACAGUUUUUGAAGGCCUGAACAAGCUGAAGAGGCUGCAUAAGAAUGGUUAUUUAAAGGUAUGUAAUGGUAAACAACACUUUAAAAAGGGCUGGCUUAAAAAAAGAGUGAACCCACCCUUGUUGAUGUCAGGUAAAUGGCUCAUGUCCUGCUUACCAACUAGAUUUCUCCCUGCUGGUCUGCUGAACUGACAAAAAUGACCACCUUCCCUCAGGUGGAGGUGUCUGCCGACUGCCUGUAGGGGCUGCACCUCAGCAAUCUCAGGUGGCCUGGAAACCCCCAUCUGUCCCUGCAACACACACUGAAGGCAACAGUUUUAUUUUUGGAGUGGCCACGGGCACUGUGGCUCACUCCCUAAGGCUUCAGUUCACUUCAGGAUGAGUCGGCCAUGUGGCACUCUGAGCCGGGAUUAACAAGCAGACAGCAGUUUGUCCCGACAGCCGCUCGCCGAAGCCUAUCCAGCAAAACACUAGCAACACCUAUUUCCACUUCAGGAGUCUGAAAUGCUGAUGGAAGUCAGCUACAGUAACGGGCUGGAUCCUGACCUUUCCCAGCAGUAUCCUCCGCCCUUACUGCCAAAACCAGGCAAAGACAACGCGAGGCUUCAGAAACUCAAGAAGAAGAGAGCCAAGAAAAAAGGCAGCCUCUCUCAGACGCCCAUCCCCUUUCGCUCCUGUUUAUCGCCUGUCAAUGAAGCGAGCACAGACCUCGAGCACAGCGACCAGUCCAGCCCACCAAGGACACCGGAUUCAGCCUACAAUGCAGAGUCUUCAGUGCCCAGUUUCCCCUUUGGCUCCCUCUAUGAUCACUCUGCAUCUGCAUUCCCUCAUCCUCGGAGCAGCCCCUAUGGCCAAACUGGCAGCUUACCCCCUCAGUCCUACAUAGCUCAGAUCAGGACAACUGAAGAGCAGGUGGCUCCGCUGUAUGAGUGCUCCUCUUUUUUAUUUGAUGACGUGACUCCUUUCAUGAUGCCACCUUCAACUUCACCACCCCCAUUACCACCUGAGCAGGUACCAGCACCCCCUCUUCCUUUUGCUUUCAAUUUAAACACGACACCAAAGUCCCAUGCGUCAGUCACAACAGUCCCUCCAGUCGCUGUGUCGCAAUCCAGCACUAAAAUAUCAACUCACAGCCUGACCCUAUCCCCAACUGCCCCCAACUGUAACACAGGCCCGGCACCUUCUCAAGUUGCAGACCUACCUCCUCUUCCACUGCUGCUAUCAGUUUCAAACACUCAGACACAACCUUUUAUUCCCAGCCAGAGGGAGACAAACGGCAUUUCAAAGGACAACCCUCAGAGCCAGACAUCAUCUUGGACUGUCAGACCUACCAGUAAUGGCAACUUUGUUCCAAGCCAGAUGUCCCCUGAGAUAACUGCCUCAAAAAUAUCACUUGUUGAAGCAAUGAAAGAGACAAGGCCUGACGCAGCACAAACCAGGAUUUAUACAUCAAAGGCAACAUUUUAUGAGAUCUCCAAACCUCCCUCCAUCCAGGACCUCACAGUAAUAAACCCAACCUACCAGGGAACAUCAUUAUCUGCUGUAUACAUGGAGAAAGAAGCUGUGUCAGUGGUGAAAACCGAUCAGAAACUGUCCAGGUCCCAAUGUGGAAGACCUAAGACUCCCUCUUGUGCACCAGCUCGAGUAUCCACGCCCUUUUUUGAAAUAUCGAAACCUAACCCACUAUUAUUUGCAGCAAUUCCUGCUUUCAACUGCUCUCAAGAUUUACAAGCUCCUACAAUUCCCAACGAGGCUCUCAAACACAAAUCAGUGAUUCAAACUAGUGGUAUAAGUAAACCUCCAGCUGCCACAGAUGAACUGAAGCUGACUGACGUUAAUCGCAUUACUUCAAUCAAACAAGCCCGCAAUUACAAAGAGAUAGAGAUUCAAAAUACACAAAGGAGUACAAUAAAUACUGAGUUGCACCCCAGAGAGAAUUUAGCAUCAAAUAUGACUGCACCUGACUCUGCUGUGGUCAAACCAACACUAAUAGAACCAGUCGUCCCAAAACUGCAAACAGACCAAGUUUCUGAAAGUGAAGCUUCAUCUUUGCCAAAGGUUCCAUCAUUUUUCUCCACUGUACCAAAGACUUCAAGUCUCAACCCCACGCUAGUGAUUUCAAUGCAAGCACCACCAAGUCCAAGCCCCCUGUCGCCCAUUUAUCAUCCUCCUGUGGUCGAGGCACGCAAGUCUUUGACGUCACUAUUGGAGACUCAAAUGUCAUUAUCGACCUCAAAGCCCAAAUCACGAUCAAUAUAUUACGGCCUUACUCCAGCUGAGUAUGUUGCCUACGGUGGGAUUAGGACUAUCGCAUCACAUCACAGCCCUGUACCCCCCAUGGUUAAUGAAACCUCUUCAAACAAUACACAGUCAGAUGUAGCUGUAGAUGGAUCACACGUCUCAAAGUCUGAUGCAAUCAAGCAACUCAAUGGACAUGAAGAUCUUCCCUCUUCGAUGGAGGUUUCUACUGCUCACAUUUUACAACCUCUGUCAACUCCAAGGGACUCUGAGCUUCCAGCUGAACAGAACACCACACAUAGCAAAGAUGUGCUUGAGGAAAGUCGGUCUGAAGCUCACAGUAUUGGGAUACAAUCACUUAAAACAUCUAGCAUGGACACAAUAAAACCUGAGAUUCCCCUUGGCUUGGCACAGAAAACAAUGCAACAAUCCACAAGUGACGUAUCCACACCAAAAGCCUCAUACUCUGAGGCUCCAAUACCAAUACCUAAAGCAGGUGAGGUACACACACAAAGUGCGCUAAAUACGACUCCAUGCCUGACUGAUAGCAGUGAUCUGUCAAGUGCUUCCUCACCUUUAGUUAAAGUAGAUUCAAAUGCAGAAACACAGCAAAGGUCAAAAGGGAUAGAUGUCAUAGAGAAAGGUGACAAUCUUGAGAAAACACCUAUAAAAGGGGAAUCCAAGGUCACAAAUGCAAAACAACAGUCAGGACAAAUAGAGAUUACUCCGGUCCAGUCUUACCAAACUGCUGGUGCAGUCAGUCCCUCAACAGCCAAUGUUCUCAAUGUCCAACUCACUGCCAAGCCUGUUAAAGACCUAGUUGACAGUAAAAACCUGGUUGUUCAAUCUCCUGCCACAGAGUUAGAGCCCAAAUUCUCAGGGAGUGCCAUUGUAAAUGGUGAGUUCAUCUUAGGAAAACAACAAGUCACCAAACUGGUUUCAGAAACACCGCUGCCCAAUAAAGUGGCUACUGUAGCUGUUUUACACAAACAAAGGAAAGAGGUUAAUCAGCAUAUCAAAGCAAGCAGCGGAUUUACUCUACCCAAUAAAACAAACAUGGGGAACAUUUUGCCUUCUGUGGUUGCUAAUACAGAACGUAUCCUUGAUAAAAGAAACACUGAGCCCCAAUUCUCAAAUAUAGACUCAAUUGUCACUACCACAAGAUCCAUUUUGCCACAUGAGCCUGUCACAGCAUCUGUAUGUUCUGCAAAGUACAGUAUCUGCACAGUAUCUGCAGCUGUCCAAUGCACAAAAAUCACACAACAGCCCAGCGUAGAAACUAAAAUUCACAGAAAUAGUAAAACAGUAGAAAACAAGAUCCAUUUGCCCGGAGAAGGUCUCUCGUCAAACUCUUCUCAAGCACCAUGUGUACCAAAUACACCUGCUGUUAACACUAAGUUUGUGGGCAAACCUACCACAAAAACCACACUACCUGACCUAUCUGUCACUGAAACCAAAUCACUCAACAUUUCAAACAUUAAAUUCCCUUUAGAUAUGACCUCCUGUGUGCCCACAAAAGAGCCCCCAAUGACUAAAACCAGUCUUAACAUCUCUGCUAAAGACUCUAUAGUGUCAAGCCAAGUUAAUAUAGAAGCCAAACUACUCACAUAUAAUAAUAUUGACACUAACAGAGUCAACAACUCAACAGUAGACACAGAAUUGCAUCCACAACCCACCAAUGGAAGAGUAGGUUUAUUGACUGGGAAAACACCAACAGAGCAUCUUCCCACUAUACCUAUUAGAGGACAAAACAUUCAAACAAAAUGUGUUAUUGAAACAAAACCAGCUUCUAAUCUUUCAAAAGGAAACACAGUACUGAACACGCCUAGAAGUGAAACCAAAAUGUCCAACAAACCAUCUGCAGGAUUGCUAACUGUCAGCAAAUCUUCCACAGACAUGGUCUCUCCUGGACAACCAGGAGGUGUAGAGGCUACUCAACACAUCAGACCUGUUGCAGAAACUGCACAGUCAAAUAAAUCCAAUUUGAGCAGCAAAGUUCACAGUAUUCCUGCCACUGAAACCAAAGUCCUCAACAAGCUUCACACAGAAGCUAUUUUGCCUAUCAUGACAGACCCAGCACUGAGCAUUAAACCAUCUUUUAAUACUGUGCAGCUUAGUAAAACUACUGUGCCGUCUAGCCCUACCAUUAGGCAUGUAACACCAAAAAGCCCUCAGCUGAGAUCAGACAGACCUGAGAGUCGAUCUGCAACAAAGCCAGUCAUCGAUGCAAAACCUGUUUCUGGUGCUGUUGCUGAGCACAGAUCAUCUGAGACAUCUGCUCCACAAAUUACUGCUACUAACACUGUAAAAGACCAGCCAAUUAUAAUAAAUAAAUCAUUAGCAAGUGCCCCUACAAAAACAAAAAAUUCUGUAACAUCUAAGACUGAGACAACAACAACAACUUCCUCUUCUGGUUAUGUCAUAGCUAACAUAUCUAGUAUCAGCGUAGAACAGCAAACCAUUCCAAGGCUAAGUCAAAUCAUGUUGUCUGGAGAUAAUGUUCAAACCUCUGUUAAUUCAAUGAGCUCUCAGGCUGGAGUGAAACAGUGUAGGCAAUCUGUCACUGAAAUAAAGAAAUCUAUAGAAACUAACAUUCACACUGUAAAUACUCAAACCGUCUCACACACUGAUUUAAAUAACCACGCUGCUACAAAUAUUAACCUCCUUGUUGAAGCCACCAGAGAUGCUAAAGCCCCACUUAGCCCUCGUACAGUAACCAAACCUUGGACUCCAACAAGAGCCUCCCCUCUACCGGAGCCAAGAGUGUGUAAUACACCUAUUCGAACCUAUACUCCAACCUUGCCCCAGUCCCCUCAAACUCCCGUCUCUUUAAACCAUACUACAGAAACAAAACCCUGGUCAGUCAUAAUUCUAAAAGACCAGACAAACCCUCCCCUUACACCUCUUCGAAAUAAUACACCUACAAACACUGUUCAGCCCUUUGCUAAGUCAAUCAAAGAGAAUAUCUCAAAACCAGAAAUAAAGCCACCCAAAACUAAGGACACUUCAGCUCUGACUAACACUACUGAGGUAAAAGUACAUUCCCAAACUCACAAGAUAAUAACAAACCAAGCAACAAAUUCCAGUAAGGAAGGAAAACUCUCCUCACUGAACACUAAAACUAGCACUCCCAUCCAUUCUACCGAUUCUGUUUUAACCAGUAAACCUAUUCUAAAAGCACAACCUCCCACGAAGCAGGUAGAAUCAAUACCUUCCUCUGCCACGGUAGAAACUAAACCCUCAGUUGUAAAAAACGAAGUCUUAAAGUCUCCCCCCAAUCUGGUCCAGAUUAGCUCGCACACCAGUAAUGUUCAGUCAUCGACAGAGCUACCAGUAGAGAACAUUUCCCCUGCAAAGCCAGCAACAGAUACUGUCAUGAAACCAUCCAUAGUUAAAGCCGCUGUGAUUGACUCUGCCACUCCUGCCUCUCUGCCUCAGGCCUCAGUCUCAGUCAAAGCUCCAUCCCCAAACAGAGGAACAUCACCGCCAUCUCAGCAAAAAACUGGACUCAAAGACAAGGAACUUCUGAGGACCAAAACUACAGCUGCACUGACAGAAGCCCCGGCAGUCAAACCCUCCACGAAGUCAAUGACAUCAACUGCAUCUUCAACUGCGGACAAGAAGAUCGUUAAGGCAGAGACGUCCCCUUCGUCCGCUGAGCCCAAAGCAGCUCAGAAGCUGAAAGGCCUUAAGGGUAAACUCAGCGGAUGGACACGGCUCAAGAAACACAUGGUCGUUGAGCCAGAAGAACCUGAAUUUCCACAGCCGGAGGCCAAAUCUGAGGUUGAUUCCAGUGGCAGCAAUGAGAAAACUGAUCAAAUUGGUAAUGAUAAGUUGUCAGCAGACCAAUGUGCUACUCAUGAGGUGGUUAGAAACAAAGAAGGUCCCAAGGCUUUGAAGAUGUGGGACGCCCUCCUCUUUCAGAUGUUCUCUACCAAAGACCGAAUCAUGCACCAGAUCAACGCCACCAAGAAAGAUUCAGAUGAGAAAAAGGCCUCUAAAGACAAUCAAGCAGAAGUUCCCUCUUUUGUUAAUCGCCUACCGAUUUUGCUAUACAGCCCCCGUUUUGAUGCCAGGAAGCUUAAAGAGGCGGCAGAGAAGCCGCUCACGAAAAUAGCAGCAGUGUUUGAAAGGGGGCUCAUAAAACGCAAAUGUCAGGAAGAUGAACAUAAGGACUUCAAUAGAAAAGCCAGAGGAUUUGGUUCGACGAAAACUACAGCUAUGUAACUUGAACUGAUGCAAAAGUAUGUUUGGGGUUGAUAAAUGAUAAGUAAUAUGUGCGGUUCCUCUGUUGCAUAAUUCAUCACAAAAUAGGAAGACGCAAUGAUCUCAGGUAGGUGAGGGAGCCUUGAAGAAAAGGAAUCAUAUGAAGAGAAUUUGGAAGAAAAUAGACAUAAAACCAUUUGUGGAUUUCUGCAGUAGAAUAACUGAAGUUAAUAUUAUAAAUCAGGGCUGCAGUGGAUUACUCUUGAGGGAAAAAAUAUUUAAAGUGACAUUGAUUGACUGCUUAAUCACCAUCUAUUUUAGUCAAUACCUGAGCUUGAACUUUUGCCAUGGUCUUUAAAUUUAAAGUUAGAAAGCAACGAAAGUUUCACUAAAAUAAAAUUCAUCCCUACAUCAAAUGAGUAUUUAUAUUUCAAAAUAUUUUCAUCAGUUGUGGUUAUUUAGGAUGUAUAAGUUAGUGUAUAAGUUAGCUGUUAUAGCUUUUAAAGGUAAAAAAUAAUAAUACAGCGGCAAUACAGGUGUGGCAUCUUUUAAUAAAAUCAAAUAAGGAUGUGACAAAAAAGAUAAGGCAAAUAAAGAAAGGAGCAUUAUAUACUCUGCAGAUCUACUUAGUUAGAUUUUUCCUUCUUUCAUUUGAUGAUGGCCUAGAUGUAGUGUUGAAUGCAUGAACUGUGGAUAUUUUGAUAGAUAAAAGAUUGUUUCAUUUGUCAUGCUCUACCUUUUUCUAUUUUUCUAAACAAAGUAAGGCUUUUAGUGUACACCGCUGGGCAAAUAGGGCUUUUACAUUCCUGGAACAACAGGGCAGAUGGAUUUUGAAAGAAUGAAAACAGAGAUAGAUGAAGGGUGAAGGUCCAGUCAUAACAGAUUUAGGUUUCUGUAAGUCAGGUAUAGAUGGAAAUGAAGCGGCAGAUGUCCGGGCAUUCGAUCAUGGCAGGAAACUACAACCACAGGCUGGUACAUAUUGGGGUCAGUAUAUAUGAUUGUAUAGUAUCUGCUUAGGAGGUGCGUUGGUGACGUUUUUGUAUUUUUGUUUCUAGCAGCUCUAGGAAUGGGAAUGCUGGGUCUGUUGGUCGGUUGGUCCACCACUUUGGUCUUGACUGAAGUAUCUCAACAAGUAUUGGAUGGAUUGCCAAUAGGUUUUGUACAGACAUUCAUGGUCUCCAGAGGAUGAAUCGUUCUGACUUUGGUUAUCCC